CCUUCACCUAAUCAACCUCCAUCUAACCAGCCUUCUCAACCAGUCAUGUCGUCCCCUCAACCAACUACUAAACUAACUACUCAUUCUCAUUAUACCUGUACAAAUUUUAUACAAUUAGUAUUAGAAAAUGAGAGCCUUAAAAAAGAAGUCAAAUCACUAAAAGUUCAACUUACGUCAACUCAAGAAGAAUUAGAAACCUAUAAAAGUUCCAGAACAAGUUCUUUGUAUUCAAUCUUUAAAUAUAACUUCCCUCACGUCUCGCAAACUGUGAAUUCGGAGGCCUCUUCAGAAAAUAGAUCUGAAUCUGAACCUGGCCCUAAAAAAAGAAAGACGCUUCCAUUUGCAUAG